AUGGCGCGGGUCUAUGCGGACGUCAACCAGACCAUGCCCCGCAGUUACUGGGAUUAUGAUAGCGUCAACAUCAGCUGGGGCGUCCUAGAGAACUACGAGGUUGUGCGGAAGAUUGGCCGAGGAAAAUAUUCGGAGGUCUUUGAGGGUAUCAACGUGGUUAACUACCAGAAAUGUGUCGUCAAAGUCCUCAAGCCCGUCAAGAAGAAGAAGAUCAAGCGUGAGAUCAAGAUCUUGCAGAACCUUGCGGGUGGGCCCAACAUCGUGGCGUUGCUGGAUGUGGUUCGCGACAGUCAGAGUAAAACACCGUCACUGAUCUUCGAGUACGUCAAUAAUACCGACUUCCGAAGCCUCUACCCAAAGUUCAACGACCUCGAUGUUCGGUACUAUAUCAACGAACUCCUCAAGGCGCUUGACUACUGUCACAGCAAGGGCAUUAUGCACCGCGAUGUGAAACCUCACAACGUUAUGAUCGAUCAUGAGAACAGGAAGCUUCGCCUCAUUGAUUGGGGUCUCGCCGAAUUCUACCAUCCCGGCACUGAGUACAACGUUCGGGUAGCCUCUCGCUAUUUCAAGGGGCCUGAACUGUUGGUCGAUUUCCAGGAGUACGACUACAGUCUCGACAUGUGGAGUCUCGGCGCCAUGUUCGCAUCCAUGAUCUUCAGGAAGGAGCCGUUCUUCCACGGAAACAGCAACUCGGACCAGCUCGUCAAGAUUGCCAAGGUCCUUGGCACUGAUGAUCUCUUUGACUACCUUGACCGGUACGAGAUCGAGCUGGACGCCCAGUACGACGAUAUCCUCGGCCGGUUCCCAAAGAAGACGUGGCUCAGCUUCGUGAACUCGGACAACCAGCGUUUCGUCAGCAAUGAGGCUCUCGACUUUCUCGACAAGCUGCUGCGAUACGACCAUCAGGAGCGUCUCACGGCCAAGGAGGCCCAAGCACACCCUUACUUUGACCCCGUAAGGGACGUAGAGACCUUCAAGCAGAGCUUGAGUCAGGCGGGUCUUCCUGUCCCCGCGAGUUUAUAG